UGUUGUUUGCCGAUUUUAGUCUGUGCUUCAUUCUUCAUCGUUUAAGGGCAUCGGGUGCGGAUUUGCGUGCAAAUUGUAAACAAAUCACCGAAAAACUGUUAAAUUCAUUCAAACAAUUGUCAAGUGAUAGUUGCACCCGUGGGUUAUGUGAUAUUCAAAUAAUUUUCGUGAAUACAUUAGUUAAUAAACGUGUAAGUCAGAUCGUUCGAAGCGGAUCAAUGUUUUCGGAAUUGUUUGGUAAUCUAAAAGAAAAAUAAAAAUGAUGGAUGUAAGCCAAAAUAUGGAACUGAAGGAACUGUCCGCAGAGAGCGCUUUAAUGCGAAAUCUAUCCUCCGAUCUCGGCAGUGAAGUUGAAACACUCUCCACCCCAGCAAUUGAAACGUCCGGGGAUGAUGAGGUCCUAUGUGAGUUCACCAAUGGCGUUGAUUCCUCCGAUAACAAGGUUAUCAAAGAUAUUGACAAGAAGUUAAAAGGAUCGGAACAGGAACGCAAUGCAGGCAGCGAUUUGGACGCGCUGUUGGACAAGAUAAGCUCUAUAGUGGACUGUAGUCCUAAAAAUUCCGAUGAUAUGGAGACACUCGAUAAUAACAAAGAUUGCGACUCUGCGUCCAUAGAGGAAAAAACAGCUGCUGAGAAACAGAGCGAGGAAAGAGAAAGAGAAGUAGAAGAAGAGGAAGGAGAGAUAUUGGAAUCUGUAGAAAACGAAGAGCGCAUGGAGCAAGAUUCCGAGCUGAAGACUGAGGAGAAAUCUAGUGCAGAAGAGAUUGAGGAGACCGAAGACAUCGAUGAAACCACUCCAACCAAAGAAUCAAAAGAUAAUCUCGAUGUUUUGGCUGGACCAAAUGAAGACAAAAUAGAAGAAGUAACAGAUGCAAAUGAGACAUCGGAGGAAAAAGAUGAAGCCAAGGCGCAAGCUGACGAUAUCAAAGAAAAGGUCCGGGCAAAGCGAGUCGCAUCCACGGAUGAUGUGUUUAUGGAUGCCCUAGACAGCAUUUCCAGUUCAGAUGAGCUCGAUGCUCCCGCUGUUCAGGAUGAAAAGAAGGCAAAGCAUAGCAAAGAGCUGAGCACCGAGGAUAAACAAGCUGCCAACGAUCUGGAAGACAUUUCAUCCGAUGAUGAUGAUGGUAUCCUCAAGGAUAAAAAAGUUGAUGAAGUCGACAAAUCCGAACAACAUAAGCUGGACAUCAUAGACCUAGACUCGUCAAACGAGUGUCAGGAUUGCGAAACUCCGAUGACUGUCGAGAAAGCGGUUGCUAAAUCAGAAGAUAUUGAAAAAGUAACAAAGAAUAAAGGUUCACCAGAGAAUACGGACGGUUUAGAAGAAAAUAUUUCAGAAGAACCCGAUGUCCAAGAAGAGAAAGAAGAAGAAAAGUUUAAAGAAGCUAAUAAAGCUGAAGAAAAAGAGAAGCUUGAAGGUAUAGAAUCUAUUUCAAUUGAGGAGCCUGAAGAGAUCAAGGAAAUAGAAAGUACGGAAGAAGACAAGAAAACAAAUAACACAAAAACUGAAUGUUCCGAAGAGGCCAAUAAAUUAGUUGACCUGCAUGAGGUUCAAGAAAUUGAAGAGUCUGAGGAGACUAAAAAGGAUAAGGUAGAGCUAGAAGAAAGCAAGCUACCAAAAAUCACUAAGGUAACGGAAGGGUCGGAGGAAGUGAACACAACAAAAAAGCCAGAAGAGACCAAGGAAAGAGAACAGUUUGAAGUGAAGAAGAAAAGAGAAAAGUCAGAAAAGGCUGAGUCCACAGCAGAGCCGGAUGAGCCUUUUGUAGUCGAAGAAGAAACAAAAGACCCCAAAACGGCAGACCAAUUGGAGGCGGAGCCUCCAACUAAAUCUCAGGAAAUGAACGACAACACGACAGAUGAGGAGGCGGCCAAGGAUACCCUUGAAAUUGAUGAAAAAACGCCGGCUAAGAAUAAACCUAUGAUUGUAUCGGAAAACGAUAAGGAACCUAAGCUAAAUGGUGUAUGUGAAAAGUCAACCGAAAAGGAUUUUGCUGGGGAGAAGCAUCUUGUUGAAAAGGAAGCCAAAGAUACGGAUUCGGAUGACGAAGUUAUCUUCUUUGAGCCCAUAGAUAAAACCAACCCGGUUGAAACUGCCGCUCAAUCAACGAGUGAAAAACCUGAGAAACCUCAAACUCAGCCAACCAGUGAAAAGCCCGAGAAACCUCAAGAUAAAGAUGACGAAGUUGUCCUUGUCUCCGAGGAUGAGGAUGAAGAGCCACAGGUUAAGCCACCUGAAAAAGAAAUGCUCAAAAGUCCAGAUAAGGAAACGACUACCGUGGGACUUUCCAGCACUUCCACGGAGGUUAAAGACCUUCAUACGGACAAUUCCGACAAUGCAUGCGAUCAGUUUGAGAAACUGAAGACCAACGAUAAGGUUAAGUCCACUGGCACAGAUGAUGGAAACAGUAACUCAAGUAAUCUGUUGCGCCCCGCCGAGGAUUUGGAGGUUUCGGCACCGAAACGGAUACGUUUGAGUGUCGAAGAGAAAAUUGAUUCCGCACUUGAAAACCAAAAACCUUCUAGCGGAGAUGAAUGCAAGAAGGACAUUAAACGAAGCCAUGAACUUCUGGACAACAGUCCCGAUCGGGAGGAGGUGACACCUAACAAGAAACCUAAGACUGAUGAUUCCGACUCGAAUAGCUCUAACGAUGGCACUCUACAAAUUGAUAUGGAUCGUCAAGAAGACGAAGUCCAAACUAAGAAAGAUGCUCUGAAAACAGAAGAUGAAAAUAAACCAAAAAUUGAGCUUAAGCCCAAGCCGGAAAUUAAAACCGAUGUUAAGCCAAUACGCUUGGAGUUCUUCAAGACUUUCCGCAGUACCUUCGACAAAAUGUCCCGCGACGACCUGGAGGAGCUCGUUCUACAGAAGGUAGUCGAGGCAAUGUUGGUUAAAAGUGAUUUCGCGGAUAUUCGGAUGCAGCUUGACAAAUGCGAAAACACUCUAACCACGUAUCGACGGAAGAUUGCCGAGGUGACCAAGCAGUUCCAGGAUUUGGAGACGGUUCAUAAGCGGGUGCUGAAGGAUUUGGAGUCAAAGAACUCGCACUUCAUAGCUCCUGUGCGGAUAACGCGAGCAGUUGGUCUUCAAGUGGGCAUUCCGUUUAAGGCCAUGAAGCCUACUGUCGCCGCUCCGGAUCAGCCACAUGCUGCAGGCAGCGUGUUGACGCCCCCCACUGGAACGCCUCCUAAGGCCAGCACCUCACCGAUGCGAUCACCAAUGCGAGCCAGACCACCACCUCCUGCCUUCGGAUCCUCUUCAACCGGCUUAAACACGGUCACCAGUGUACCUCCAAGUCCUAAUUACCAACAGCAGCAAUCACGUUCCUCCGCCAAUUCAUUGCAAACUACGGCAGCGGUAGCCACUGCCCAGCCUCCUGUGCGCCGGGGUUGCCUCCAGAAGGUAACACCGCAGCGUCCAGGGCCUGGUAAUAUCUUGCCCGUUUCACAGGCUAACACUCAGCCCAACGUUCACCGUCUACAAAGUUCACCGCCUGUAGGUCAGAGAACCACGCACGCCUCAAAGCAUACUGGAUCCACUGCCUCCCUGACGGCCUCUACGCCCAAUGCAACCGCAAAAGCAGCCAUGCGUAGCCGAAACUCUACCCCCGCUUACGUACAACAACAACCACAGCAGCCAACUCCGCCACAGUACCAAACAUCUCGUUCAGGUCCUGGCGCCACCCCAGGUCCAAGUUCCUCCAAGGCGCCAAAGUGCACUACGAAAGUCCGCGCCCAGCAGCCACCGCUUUCGGGAGCAACGGUAUCGGUGCCUAUGGCAUCUGCUGUUGGUAGCGGAGCGGGAUCUGGCGCCUAUGCCCAGCAGCAGCAGCCCAGCCUUGCACCGGCCAAGCCAAAGGAAAAGGCUGUCAUCGACUUGACGGACGAGGAUGACGCAGCGGCAGCAGCCGCAGCAAAGGCUAUUCAGGCACAAAUCGAGGCAAACGCUCGUCUGCGCCAGGCAUCCAAUGCGGCCAUCAAGCGGAAUGCCCAGGUGGCGGCAAGUUCAAGAGGUGGUCGUGGAGGUGGAAGUGUGGUGCGAGCGUCUCCAAUGCAAUUGGGACGUGUAAGUGCCCGACAGAUAGUGCAGAAUAAUGGAGCAGGUCAACGUUCCACGGGCUCAAACAUAACAAUGCAGAUACGCUCGGAGAAUACACCGCCAGCUUCCUCGCGCUUGAGAUAUUCACAUCCUGCACCACUGCCCUCGUCGCCUGCCCAGCCCUUCAAUCCCGCCUGGAAAAUGCCUCCCUCGCGUCCCGUUAUCCGGAUAAAUCUGCUGGAUACGGGAAUCGUUAUCUCGUGGACUCUUGAGGAUACGAGCCCAAAGUUUGCGGAGUGUGUAACUUACCAGAUUUACGCUUACCAAGAAACGAUUCACGAGCCAAGUACGGACAGCUGGCGGCAUGUGGGCGAUGUCAAUGCAAUGCUGCUGCCCAUGGCCGUAACCCUGAAUCAGUUCCAGGAGAACCAACGAUAUUACUUUGCGGUGCGCGGUGUAGAUAACCACCAGAGAUUCGGCCCGUUCAGCGCCCCCAAGACCUGGUCGUAAACGGAUUGCGUUAGUCAUGGGCCAUGUCUCUUUCUUAUAUGUAGACAGUAGCUUUAGUAACGCUCACUUGUAAUUUAUUUGUGUCCGCAUUUCAAGCGUUGAUACUUUGUUUCUCGAAAUUAGUCUGAAUUAUGAGUUUAGUUCUAAGUUUUACGGAGAUUUUUAAGGGAAUUCUGAGAAUAAAAAUGUAUUACGCCGAGCAGCCAAUCUUCAGCAGCUAAAAGUCAGGCAGUAACGAAAAAAAACAAAAUAAUAUUUAUUUCACAUUAGGUUAUCCAUAAUAAUUAAGUUCAGAACUUACACGAAGUAAUAUAAAAUAUUGAAUAAAUAUCGAAUGAAACUUUUUA